GCAAUAUCAAAAGGCAAUCAUGGACGGAACACUGUCCUUGUCGGACUUGAAAGAUGCUCUGAAGGAUACCCUCGAAGCCCGAGGCUCGAUGGGGCAGAUCCGAGCUCGCAUUCGAGCAGAGAUCUUUCAAGCGCUGGACGAGGGCGCGCCCAAGGCAAAGUUGUCCAACGAAAACUUGAUCAUCAAUGAACUCAUUCGAGAGUACAUGGAAUACAACGGCUACCGCCAUGCGUUGUCUGUGUUUGUGCCUGAAUCCGGCCAACCCGUGGAAAAACCAUUCCAUCGGCGGUUCCUCGCGCACGAACUCAACAUUACCGAGGACCCUCGGUAUACCCAAGUUCCCCUGCUCUACAGCAUCCUCACUGCUCUCCAAGAUUCCAAACAUCCCACGGAAGAGCAGCAUCAACCACCACGACCCCCUCUGCGUACGCGAUCAUUUUCACAUCUAACCAAUUCUCACAGCAUAGUCCGAACAGUCGACCGCAAUGACGACGACGCGCAGUCCGAACACAGCCUCGUCGGUCUACCACUCGAUCCUUCCACUCCGCGUCCAUCGCACCUUUCAGUCAAUCGAGUCCCGUCGCCAUUGAACCAUCACCUUCCGUCGCAACCCCCGCAACAUCCUUCCCCAGGGCCUCCUCAACCACUGGAUCGUCAACCACCAAGCAAUCCCCUCGUCGUGAUCUCCAAUUAACUACUAGUACUUGUCCUGCGAUGAGGUUUUGUGUAUUCAUCUAUGCCUUCCACACACGAACGUAGCCGUCACUACCGUACGUGGCCAGCACGUUGCGAUGCGGAUGGUGUGCGAUACCGUGAACGGUGCCAGUGCACACCUGCAUGGCGUGGUCUAGCACGCCCGUGUCCGUCUUGAAGCACACCACGUAGCCCUUGUCUGUGAGCGCGUACAGGAACUUUCCCUGCGGACUCGUCACCGCCGCCGCAAACUCGCCCUUGGCUUCCACAUCGCCAUAUGGGUCGGUGUAUGUGGUGUCGGUAAACUCGCCUUGCCAUGACAGCACGUGCAUCACCUUGGAGCGCGUGACGACCACCACAUGGGUCGGUUUGUGCGGCAGCGGGACGGCCGCCAGAACGUCGAUUUCCAUGCCAGGGGGGGCGUGAGGGGGGCGCAAUGUACUGAGGCACUCGGCGCUCUUGACGUCCCAGAUCUAGGGGAGUAGAAUUUUGAUGCAAGGGGGG